AUGAUUUCAAACCCGUUAGAAGGUGGUGAAUGUGUUUGUAUUUCCUUUAACAUGAAGGAAGAGAAGAAUAACCCGAGUUCGUUCGAGUGUGUUCCACAAACGAUGAUGGCGACGAGUGACUUACACAACACAACACAAAUGAAACAUAAUCUAAAAUUUUAUUCUUCAUUCGUUGUCAGUGAAUGA